GAGCACACUCCCAGACGACUGCAGAGGAGAGCGGCCGACAAGGUGCUCCGCGGGUCCUCUGGAGACUACUCCGCAGUGUUGGCAUAGCAGGCCCGCGGACUUUAAAGUGGUGCUUAUCCCAGUGGCUCUCAGACACAGGGAUGGUGAGAGAGGAGAAGUGGAGCAGCUCAUUCUGUCAGUGCCUUGUUUUAACAGUAGCCACAGCCUAACCACACAGAUGUGUAAAGUGAUGGAUCUGUCUGGCACCGUCAGAAAAGAACACUUAGUACUAGAGGAGUCCCAGCAGAGUUCCACAGAUUUCCAGUUUUACAUCGAGAACCACACCAAGCACCCGGACGAGGUGAGCCGAAAGCAGGUGCGGAUCUACCAGCUGUACAGCCGGACCACAGGGAAGCACGUUCAGAUCCUGGGCAAGAAGAUCAACGCAAACGGAGACGAUGGGAGCAAACAUGCUCUUCUCGUGGUGGAGACAGAAACCUUCGGGAGUCACAUCCGAAUAAAGGGCAAAGAAAGUGACCAUUACAUCUGUAUGAAUGAGAAGGGCAAAAUAGUGGGAAGGCCUGAUGGAAGGAAGCAGGAGUGCGUCUUCGUGGAGGAGUUCCUUGAAAACAACUACACUGCUCUGGUGUCGGCCAAGUACAAAGGCUGGUACCUGGGCUUCAACCGAAAAGGCCGGCCGAAGAAGGGCUCGAGGACCACGCAACGGCAACAGGAAGUCCACUUCAUGAAACGCCAUCCAAAAGGCCGGGUAGAGCCUGUGGAGGAGUUUAAAUUCACCACGGUUACUAAAAGGACACGUAGGGCGCGCCGGUUAAAAGCCAGGAGGAACUGAUGGAGACAAUGAAUGGACAGAGCUCACUUUUCUUGGGAUAAGAAAGUAGACUGUAACAGAGAAAAUGCCACGCUUCUUGUCAGAAAAGAAUCACUUUAAAGACUCUUGAGACAGACUUGCAGAACAAAAAAGUCAAAGAUGUUUUAUUUUUGUAUUUCGAGGAUGACUGAAUAUUUCCUAACUCUUGAAUUCCUCUGGGUUGAUGUCAUGUGCUCACGUGUCUGUUAUGUUAUUUAUACUGGAUAAACUAAAGGACCUCUAAGGAAAAAAAAAAAAAAACUGUCGCCAUCGUCCUCGGCUCCAUUCGAACUGCCUUUUUGACAAUGGGGACUGAAGGGCUGACGCAACGCUAUAAAAAUCAGCCAAGUAGAGAUUCAUUGGAAUACCUGUCGCGUUUUGUUUGUGUUGCCCCUGACAACGCGGAUCCCAUACUUUCCACUGGAAUCAGACACCAUGGAGAUGCAGCAGAGGUGGCCAGUGCAGGUGUGACACUGCCCUGUGGAGAGACUGGGGAGCUUUGAGUGCAAUAUUUUACAAGUCUCUCUCUAUCUCUUCCUC